AUGAGACUCCCACUCCUAUUGAGUUUAGUGGCACUAAGUGUACAGGACUAUGUACUCCCGCCUGGAGCUGUCAACUCGCCACCUGCCAACGUAUCUCCAGCCAGUUCGGGAAGCAUGGGAUUCGGUGGAGGCGGUGGACCCGGGGCAGCCGGCGGAGCCAGUGGAGCAGGAGGUGGUGGUAGAGCAGGUAGAGUCAAUGGGGCAGGUGGCGGUGGCGGCGGUGGAGGUGGUGGCAGAGGGGGUAAUGGAGGAGGGAAUAUGAGAGUGGCUUUCGAUCUUCGCAGGCCGUACUAUUUUCCCGUGGGUGCUGUUUUCCCAGGAGAUAAAGGAAUGAACGUGAUGGGAGCGGAACUAACAGGACGGAUGGGGCAUAUUCCCACCUAUGCCGUAGUGGUGGAUGAUACCGGUAGCCCAAACAUAUUGGCAGCCAGGGCGCAGGAUGGAGCUGCGGCAUCUUCCGUUGCUGUUCCUGUUUACCAAGCCACGGCCCUACCAGACGAUGCGGUGGAUGUGAAUGGAAAUAGAAUCAGCGACCAGCCACCACCACCUGUACCCCUAGCAUCAGAAUCAGAAGCACUCGUGCAAAACGCAGUAGCUGCUGCAGGACCUACUGCUUCAGCUUCAGGACCAGCUAGUGCACAGAGUUCCGGUGGUGGGGGACAAAGCAGCAACCAAGGCGGCUCUGGAUCCAACUGUGAUAAGUCGAAUCCAGAACGACAGGAUUUCAACUCUGGUGCACAGAAUCCAGGAAAUAACGGGCCCGUGAAUUCUGGUGCUCAAACCGCACCAGUUGCUUCUGGGAAUACGGCGGGUGGCUACCGCGGACGAUUCUGA